CCGUUUUCUAAGCACUUCACCUUUUAGAAGAGGCUUCCUCUACCCAUUUACCACAAAUGGCGCGAGUCCCAUCCCCUCCCCAUCUGGCAGUUUCCUUUAAAGGCGUUUCUCAUAACAUCACAACAAUCGAUUAGCAUAGGCGGUUUGAACUUUCGUAAGAGUUCGUUCUCGCCAAUUCGAAAGCCAUGCCUAAACGAAGCAUUUCUGAACUCGAUUGGGGAGACUCUCUUUCACACUGUCCUCAGUCGAAAAUCCAAGUAGGCAACAGAGAAAUCAAUCAAGGCAUUUGUUCAGCUUCAAACAUGAAAGCCGUCUAUAGUAGGACAUUGAAUCUUCUUUUUCAAGGCUCAAAGGCAAAAGCAAAUCCCACAGAAAUGCCUCCCCCAACAGCUUCAACAGCCUCAUUAACAGCCGCAAGUCUCCCCAAAUACUCUCAAACCGUUUUGUCAUCUGAUGGGCAGAUCUUACCUCAAACACAGAGGAAUCUACCGGUAUCACUUCCUUUUGCUAAUUUAGCUCGCACAUGCAUGUCCUGCUCGUCAGCCAGCUCAGGAAUACUGGAAAGGUGCCAAUUCUGUGAAGGCACCUUCUGCGACAAAUGCUUCAGACUAUGCAUGUCGUGCGCUGGAGAAUACUGCAGCAAGUGUUCAAUUCAGACGUAUUUGAGGGAUGAGUGCACCAUCUGCCUGUCGUGUGCAACAGAACGUGGCCAGUUGUGAGCCAACUCAUUGUACAGAUUUUUAUUCAGAGAUAUUGUAAGCAAAAAAAGAAUCCAUUGUAUUGUCAUAUGUAAAUACAACUCUUUCAAAUA